AUGGGCGCGGGUGCCAUUCUCGAACCGCUCGCAGUCAUCGUCCUUCUCUUUGGAGGCACCUGGAUCAACCGUGCGGUCGACAGCUCAAUAUCGCCGUCGCGCAAAGGCAGCCGCAGCGGGCGCCGUUAUACAGAGUACUCACGCGACACUUCUCCAGAUUCGUUGGAGUCGGGACUGAUCAGCCCCACCCCGAAAGAUGCGCUGCUCACCUGUCGAUCACUCUCGCCGUCGCUGCUCGAAACCCAUGAGGAACCCUGGCAGAAAAGGCAGGUUGGUUUUGGCUCCUGGAAAGUUGAUGUGACUUCCCCGAAUACCGCUGUUUUUCGAAAUCGUCUGCUCAGUCGGCUGUUACGUCGGUUUCCCUUCCUGGUUGAGUGCUGGUAUUGGGCUCUGGUCUACUGGACCUACCAACUGGGCCGUGCUUUUACUGCGGUGACACUCCAGGAAGGCACUGUGGACGUCGCCCGCAAACAUGCGCUGCAGAUCAUCGCGAUCGAGCAGAAGCUGGGUAUCUUCUGGGAGAUUGGCAUCCAGCGAUUUUUCCUCGCGCACCCCCAUAUCAUGACCUGGGUAAACUGGACAUACUCAUUUAUCCACAUUCCAGGCACUAUCGCCUUUCUCGUAUGGCUUUACUACUACACCACGACACGAAACCACCUGGAUGAACGACAACCGGGGAAGCCUAGGGGAAUGGUGAACGGAUCACCAGCGGGACCAGCGCUGUACGAGGCGCGCCGGAGAACUCUGGCCGUGUGUAACCUGCUGGCAUUUGUCGUGUUCACCUUCUGGCCCUGUAUGCCUCCUCGCUUGCUGAGCGACAAGAACGUCAAGGGUCCGGUGGGAGACAAGGCGCGCAGCUAUGGCUUCGUAGAUACAGUCCAUGGAGUCGCGGGCGUUGGUAGCGUCUGGACAGAAAAUAGGUUCUGCAAUCAAUACGCUGCCAUGCCUUCCCUGCACUUCGGCUACUCGUUGAUGAUCGGUCUUACGAUCAUGACCAUCCCGCUUCCCCCUCAACAUCGCCGUGCGAAGACCAUCGUGAUUCGCUUCUUUAAUCGUUUCCACCCGUCUCUGUCUCCGAAAGUACGACUGCCGUCAUGGCGCCGCUUGGCCUGCCUACUCAUCGGGUUCGCGUAUCCGUUCAUUAUCCUCGUCGCCAUCGUCUCGACCGCCAACCACUUUAUUCUGGAUGCAGUUGCCGGUGCUAUUGUCUGCGCUCUGGGGUGGUGGGGCAAUGCUGUGUUGUUGAAUCUCCUACCUCUGGAGGACUAUUUCCUCUGGCUGGUUCGGAUUCAUAAACCUGAGCAAGAGAUUGUCGACGUUUACGAAUAUUUAGACGACAGCGAUCAUGGGGAACUGGGUCAUGGAGUCCUCACUCGGUGA